AUGAUUCUACCAAAAACUGUUGCAUUUACCAUAACAUGCGUUUCAAUUGGAAUGAUUGUUCUAACAAUUCGACCAUUUUUAUUGAACAUUUUCACAUUCAAUAAAUGCGGUAUGACUGUUAUGUUGGAACCUCCACUUUUCUUGGUGAGCUUGUUUUUUUCUUUGGGGGUUGUUGUUUCUCAAAAUUAAUAAGAAUGGUACAAUUUUUCAGAUUCAGCCUCUCAAUCACACCAAAUACAAAUUGUAUCUUUAUACAGAAGGAGUUGAGGAUCCUGGAGUUUUGUGAGUUUUUAAAAUUCUUUGUUAGGUUUUUCAAACUAACAUACAUUUUUCAGAGGAGCCGAUCCGAAUGAAAUCCCAGUUGUAUUUAUACCAGGAAGUGGAGGUUCUAAGAAUCAAGUUCGAUCAUUGGCAACUGUGAUGAAAGAUAAAAAGAAAAGGAAGAAUACAAAAUACACUUAUCGUUUUUUCACUUGCGAUUUCAAAGAGGAAAACACUAUUCUAAAUGGACAUAUGUUACGAUCGCAGACACGUUUUGUUGUUGAUGCUUUGGAGGAAUUACGAAAAAUGUAUAAAAAUCGAAAAAUCAUUAUUUUUGGACAUUCUCUUGGUGGAACUGUUGCAAUGGGACUUGUUACUGAUCCAAGAUUUAAAAUCGAUUGGAUUGAUAUGUUUAUUUUGAAAUCAGCACCGGUUCAAGUUGCACGUAAGUUUUUUUCAUUUUCUAGAAAAUUAUUAAUAACUAUUAUUUUAGCAAUUGUACUCGACAAUUCUUUCCGCGAUUAUUAUGUUCAUUGGCAAAAUAUUUGGAAUGAAAAACAAUAUGAUGAUUUUGCGAUAAUAUCGUAUUCUGGAGGACUUAAAGAUGUACUUGUUGCUGAUCCGUUAACCAAAUAUGGAUAUUCAGCGGCAGUCCCAAUUUGGAAUAUUGACGAAGUUCCUGAUCAUGGAACUGAUCAUUUAUGUAUUGUUUGGUGUAAUCAAGUUGUUCGACAUACUUCGAGAUUAUUAGAAGCUUAUGCCGAAAACCGAGGAAAAAUUGAUACAAAAUUAAUAUUGAAACAGUUUUUGGAAAGAGAAACUGCAAUUAGAGAUAAUAAGUUUGUAAUUAGAAGUAUAGUUGCAUCAGAACAAUUAGAAUUGGGAUCGAAAAAAGUAAUUCGUGCGGUAAGAAGAUUUAGAGAAUUUGAUUUGACACAAAGUUAUUUUUUUGUAGAAAAAUGAUCAGUAUGUGGUUUCUGUUAUGGUUAGACAACAUCAAAUUGUACAAAUAAAGACGAUUGGCCAAUGCGGUAAGAUAUUUAUUAGAAAAAAAAAUGAAAAUUCCUAAUUCGUAAUUUUUUCAGUUCGUUCUGUCACUCAAGUUCGUGCGAACAGUUUCCGAAAUACUCAAAUAAGAAAUGGCACAACACUUGUCACAACAAUUUCUAGAAAUGAUGUGUCAGGUUUAGUAAGACUUGUUUUCAGUCUCGAUAAUAAUUGUCAAUUCAAUGUUGAAGUUUCGACUUUGACUCAAGCAACUGCUGGAUUGUUCUUUGAUGUGAGUUUUGGAAAUUUGAAAUUUUUGAUACUGAAAAACUUCUGCGACAAUUUCUCACACGAUCACAUUGAUGAUUCACUCACAUAAAAUUUUCAGAUAUUUUUAUCGAAUAGCAAUCUGAUUGUUGCCUGUGCUCUGAUCUUUCUUGCAUACAUAAUAACAAGCAUUGAAGAAAUUGGCGAAGAAGAACAAUUUAUGAUUUGGGCCUCAAUAGCAGUAUCAUUUGUUUUCCCAAUUGUAUAUGUAAAUGAUGAAAUUAUUCCAAUGGUUCCAGUAAUUCUCGGCCUUCUUAUUUGUAUGGCAUAUUUCUUCAUUGUCGAAAUCAUUUGGCUUGUGACCACAGUCUUUUGGCCAGCGUAAGUUUUUUUAUUUGACAAUUUCCAUUGAAAGUUGUUUUAUUUUUCAGAGUUAUUGAUAUGCGUUUGAACCCGGAUAAUAUGGAACAAGUUCUUUAUGGAGCAUUUUGUAGUGUUAUUAUUUCUCCAAUUCUUACAUGUUUCAUAGUCAUUUCCAUUUUGACUUUGGUAAGAAGUUUUGAUUUUUCAAUUUGAUUCCAAGUUUUGGUUUUUUUAGAAUCGAAGUAUCAAGAAAUUUGUGCUCGCAAUUCCAUAUUUCAUUCCACUUUUCUUCAAACUCAAAGGACAAUAUGAAACAAUGGAUUUUUUGAGUGCAAACAUGCAACACUGUUUCUGCUUUUUCUCUUUCCUCGUCUUUUAUGUAUUUUCAAAUCGAAUUAUGAAUCCAGAGCGGUCGAUUUUUACGGGUUUCUUUAUAUUAUCUUCAUUCACUUAUUACACAUUUGAACAUUUGUCAUUGGAAGCCAUGACGGGUUUCUUACUUAUUCUCUUGGUUUUGAAACAUUUUCAGGUGUAACUUUUAAUUUAUCCGGUGCUGGCUAUUCUCUUUAUUUAUUUAUUCAUUUACUUGUUCACUUAUUUCAUUAUUUAUAAACGGUUACUCUCCUCUCUGAAAAUCGAUAUUCUAAUAAAAAAAAUAAGGUUGAAUGAGCCUUACUAAAUAUUUUCGUUUUGUUUUAUUUUUGAGAAAUAAUCAAAUGUUGUUUUUUUCAGGUAGAAAAAUGUCAGAUUUUAGCGAUAUGGAAGAAGAUUUGGAUGUUGGUGGACCAGAAAGUGUUGAUCCAAAUCGGCCAGAUGCGAAAAAACAUGCGAGAGAACAACAUAAUGCAUUGGAAAGACGGAGACGUGAUAAUAUUAAGGAUAUGUAUACGAAUUUGAGAGAAGUUGUGCCAGAAGCCAAUUCUGAAAGGGUUAGUUUUAUGAAUUUGUGAAAUUUGAAAAAUUAUUGAGAAUAAUGUUAAUAAGUAUUUUCAAAUAUAAUUUCCAUUGUUCAAAAAGAAACAAUUUUUAAUUUAUUCUAAAAUUAAAAAGACGUGAACUUUGACGUGGCAGUUAGAAAUGGGAAAUUUUUAAAUUAAAAAAUGAAUAAUUGUAUUUCUAAACGUGAACUUUAUUUUGUUUUCCGAAAAAAAAAACAAAUUUUUCAUUUACAAAUUUUUCAGGCUUCAAGAGCUAUGAUUUUGCGAAAAGCAAUUGACACGAUACAAGCUGGACAAUCUGAAAAUAUUCGACUGAGCAAUGAACUUGAUCAAGCUGAACAAAAUAAUCAGAAAUUGAAAGAUGAAGUGAGUCAUUGUUUGAACCAUUUUUGAAUAAUCUUUGAUUUUUUCAGAUUGCUCGACUCAAAGCAGAGAAAGGGAAGAAGUGA